AUGUUCGAUUGGAUCUUUCGUCCAAGAAAUCUGCUAGGUUCGGGGAUCAUCCCCAGUGCCUCAAUCAACCCUUUGCCUACCAUGAACACCACACUCCAGAUCUUCCACACCCAGAAUAAUCUCAUUAUGCAGAACAGUACGCAUCAGAUCAUGGCCCAGAUAUAUAGAGAUAUUAGCGACUCUUCUACCCCAGGCUUGAUGCUAAAUGCUAUUGACACUCUGCAAAAGAACCCCUCCCUUGUUCAAUUUAUUUCUACCUCAGGAAAACCCCCUAAUAACACCUCAUCGUUGGCCGGCCUGCUAUCCCCUUCAAUUCAAAGUGGAAUUCUCAUCCACUUUUACGAAGCGGCAGCGGUCAUCGAGAAGACACGCAUCUGGUUAGAAUGCAUUCAGAGAGGCGAAGAAACGACACUUAUAAACGAACUCGCCCAGGGCGCAAUGAGCAAAGCAACCCUCGAAACUAGGGAAUAUUUGUCUCGCACUCGUUACAGCGAGGUCGCUUCUUCAUGCGGAUGGAUGAUGCUUAGUAUUCUCGCAACCUCGGGUGCAUUUCGCGAAGCCACCAAAUUGCUUGAUCAAACCCAGUGGCAGGCAGUUGGCGAGUGCAUCAAAGCGAACUUCCGAAGCAUCGAAGUGUUUGCCAAGGUAAGAGGGCUCAGAUGGGAUAUUCUACUCCCUCCUGGACUUUGCUCGGGUAGCGUCGGCCAUAUCCCCGUAGACCACCCUCAUCACUGGACGGUUCCACUGAUCGGCCCAGCAAGACGACUUCAAUACCAAGGACAGUUGCAAAUUAACAUUGACAGGUGCAUCUAUAAUCCCAACGCCUUUGGCAUACUCGGGAGACCACGAAACUGGCCACUACAAUGGCCGUAUCCACGCGAUCCGACACUUCGAAACUUUGACGACCUCUGCUCCGUAUGCUGUACCACCAUCUGCGCUUGCCACGAGAAGCCCAUGGCCCAACCGCUCGUUGAGAUUACAGAAUAUCCUCAUAAAGGUAAUGGCGUCCGCGCUCUCGAGAGGAUCGCAAACAAUGCCGUUCUGGGUGAGUACAUUGGUGAAAUCUUACCCGUUCAUGCCAACGUUCAAGACGAAGUGUAUGGGAUGAGUAUCUUCGAUUCUCGCAGAGUUGCACAGGUAGGAAUGAUAAGUUCGGCCAUCAAGGGAAACUGGACAAGGUACAUCAACCAUUCCUGCGAACCAAAUUCGGUUUUUGAAACUGUUAUUGUUGGCCAACACCGUAAGACUCUUGUUAAAUCCAUCAGGGAAAUCGACAUUUUCGAGGAGAUCACCAUCGACUAUGGUCCGUUUUAUUUCGACAGUCAGAAGCUUUGCUGCUGCGGUUCGUUAAGAUGUAGAUAUGCCACGCCCGAGCGAGUCGAAGCCAGCAGAAAGUGGGCAGAGAGAAUGUACCACGCAAGACAAGCUGGAAGAUGA